AGACUUGAGGAUGGCAAGAGCUGGUGGCAGAGCCGGCAAGGUGGUUUCUUCCGCGCGGCUGGCGGGACCGGCUCGACUGUCAACCGCUAAAAAACGGCUCACAACAAGGAAAGUGUCCGCCGCGUCUGUGGAUUCUGGCUACUCGUUGUACUCCACGGACUCCGAGGACCAGGUUCAGGUUAUAAACAAAGGACUGGAUCGCUGCGCUGCUUUGCUGCAGGACAUUCUCCAGAAUGAUGUUAAAGACAACACACGGCAGAAUCCGGCUCACCGGACAGCGUUUCCACGAGGCGGUGCCAGGCCACCUGCUGCAAAGGUGAAAAAAAACCUCACAAAGAAAACAACCACCGCUUCGCACGUUCACAAGGAAAUAGUGUCUGUGAAGCAAUGUGUGCCCCCUGCAAGGCAUAACUCUGAGGUAAAGCCCACCGGUUCAUGCGGCCCGCCUCGUGUGCCCUCUCCGCAUUCCCCAGUCGCUCAGCCAGCACUCUGUGAACACGUCCAGACGCGGAUGUCUCGUCUGAAGCUGGAUCAGGGUCCUGACAGCGUUACCCUCUAUAACUAUCGUUUGCCUUGUUCCACGCCAGCAUUGUCCCCUCAACACACAAGCAAUCCCCAGGGCUGUGGCCAUAACGGUUACCACCAAGUCCUGCCACAAGGGGGAGCAGCUGUCUUUCCGUCCAGCUUGGCCACUACUGGCCCUGUUCCUCCUGCCGUGUGUUAUGUGACAGCACCUGGACAGCACGGUUCACCCGUCCCCGCUGGCUGCCCACAAACCUACCAAGCCAACACAUUGCCGAACCUCAGCGACACACAGAUCAGAGAAUCGGACCUACUUCAAUGUGUGGCGGCCCACUUGGCUCAGCUACAGCACUCGGCAACCAUCAGACGCGAUAUUCAAAAACCAGCGUAUGCAGCAGACCCCACUUCUGAAAGGGACGAGCCCGCCAAGGACACAGAUGAGCUCUCCAGUGAAGAAGACAACCACAUCGCCUUAAAUGUGGCUCCUGGGCAAGACAUCAGCUGCCAGACGAGCUUUGACAAGAGCUUCAAGCCCAAAAAGAGCAGCCCAGAGAAAAAAAUUAAAACCGUGAAAUAUCUCCUUGGAGAGAUAAAGUCUUUGGUGGCAGAACAAGAUGACGGAGACGCCUUUCGGCUGAUUGCAGAGCUGGAGCGCAGUUUGUCUUUGCUGCCCGCUGUAGUUGGAAGCACGAAUGUUCAUGCAGAAAUCGCUCUGGCCCUCCAGCCGCUGAGAAGCGAGAACGCUCAACUCCGGAGACGCUUGAGGAUUCUCAAUCAGCAGCUCCGUGAUUGUGAAAAACACUCGAGAUCCGACUUUGAAGUGACCUCUCUUCAGUCCAUGAAUGUGACGUUACAGCACCAGCUGGCUGAGUCUCAGAAGAGCCUCGAAUCUCUGCAGAGCAAAAAUGAAGAGCUUCUGAAGAUCAUCGAUACCCAAAGGGCUGAAAAUAAAACGUUUGCUCAGAUUAUUCAGGAGAAGGAGCGAGAGGUGCUGGGAGUACAUCAACAAAACGAGAUAGCGGCUACACGAGCCAAGAUAGAUCUUGAAGAGGCUUUGGGGAAAAUGAAAGGCGUUCAGUUUAAACUGGAAUCCGCAGAAAAGGAAAAUCAGAUUUUAGAAAUAACCCUGCGUCAGAGGGACACGGAAGUGAGCCGGCUCAGGGAGCUGACCAGGACAUUGCAGGGUAGUAUGGCAAAACUGCUAUGCGACCUCAGGAAGGACAGCGGUAAAACAAAGUCCGGGAACACUCUGACGCAGUCUCUUCUGGACAGUUAUGAGAAGCAGCUGCAGGAGGAUCCGUGUCCCGCGAGCACGUCUGUAAUCAGUUACCUGAAGCAACUGGAGACGGACCAAGUCCUCCCCAGCACCGAGCCGAUCUUUGCUGCGAAGCCUAGUCCCUGUGACAUCGCUGCAAAGAGCUCCAAGCGGUGCGCGGCUCUGGCUCUUCCAGCCAGUAAGGCUCCUGACCAUGCGCGCCAAAACACUAACAGCUUCCGGCCGCCCUCCACCCGGCGUCCUGAAACCCACCGAUCGGAUGCGGGGAGCGGCUCCUGCAUGUCCCUUUAUGAUGAGUACAAACCCGAUGAGACUUCUUACCUACCGCUGGCCAGCACCCCCCAAAAAGCAACAGUGGUCAAAGACCAAAUGCGCAUGUGCACCCCACCCAGAGCUGGCCCCGGGGCCAGAGACUAUGAGACCAGCUGUACGUACACAAAGCCCCUUGGGUUUGAGGUAGCGGGGGAUUUAGAGACAGCUCGAGACUUUAAGCUGUCCCUGCAGAAUUUCUCACAGAAUUUAGAGCGGAGCGUAAGGGCCGACGAAGCCAAUUCCAAGACGGAGCCUCUGAAAAAGGCUGUAGCCGGCCGACCAUCCGCGGUGCAUCCUCCCGGCACGGGGCUUGAGGAUCGGCAUCCCGACCACUCCAUGUAUGAGCUGCUCUCAGCGAAGUCCGACUGGACCGUGACCACGUUCUCCACGUUCACCUCCCACGACGAGCAGGAUUUCAGGACCGGCCUGGCGGCUCUGGAUGCCAAUAUAGCAAAAUUACAGAGGACGUUGCAGGCUGGAGCAGCAAAAAAGUGACGUCUGAACCUUUCCUAAAAGUUAAAUUAUUGUGAUUUUUCCAAGUGUUUUUUUAUAAUAAAUAUUUUUGUGUGGCUUCUA